AGUGAUCCCACAUCAUCCCAGUGUUUCUUCGAGCGCAAUGAAAGUGCCACCGUGGCCUUAAAAAGACAAACCUACAUUAUUCUCUCAGUGUUGCUGUGCUUGAGUUUCUUCACCUGCGUUACAGUGUGUGUUGAAAUGUAAAUACACACUACCACGUUAUCAGUAUAUAUGUAUUCAAGUGUGUUUCAGUGUUAGUGUUCAAUCUGGAUCACCGCAGAAGGAGCAUCAGAGGAGGGAAGAGAGAGGAGAUCUCCAGAGCAAAAAUCCUGCUGUCCAAAAACAUGUUCUCCAAAUUUACCUCCAUCCUGCAGCACGCUGUCGAGGCGCUUGCGCCGUCGCUGCCAUUGCAAGAGGACUUUGUCUAUCAUUGGAAGGCCAUCACACAUUAUUACAUAGAAACCUCAGAUGACAAAGCCCCAGUGACAGACACCAACAUUCCCUCCCAUCUGGAGCAGAUGCUGGAUAUUCUGACCCAGGAGGAGAGGGAGAGAGAGUCAGGAGAGACGGGACCCUGUAUGGAGUAUCUUCUCCACCACAAGAUCCUGGAGACGCUCUACACUCUGGGCAAAGCAGAUUGCCCUCCUGGAAUGAAACAGCAGGUUUUGAGUUUCUACACCAAACUGUUGGGUCGAAUACGGCAACCACUCCUGCCUCAUAUCAAUGUGCACAGACCUGUACAGAAACUGGUCCGCCUCUGCGGCGAGGUUCUUGCUGCUCCUACAGAGAAUGAAGAGAUCCAGUUUCUGUGUACCGUCUGUGCCAAACUUAAGCAGGACCCUUACCUCGUUAACUUCUUCCUGGAAAAUAAGAAUAAAAGGUUGGAGGCUGCUAAAGAUGGUGGAGCUGAUUUGGUGAAAGAUCCAUCUUCUCCAGAUACAGGACAGACUCAAAACCAAAAUCCCAGUCUGGUCAAAUUCGCACAGGAAGAUGCAGCAGGUCAAGCCACAAGCCCAGGGGAAGCAAGUCCGUCCUCCGUCCACACUACAGUGCCAAACAACGACAACUACAACCUAGUCAGCUCCCUUCUUAACCUCACUAAGAGUCCAGAUGGGCGUAUUGUGGUGAAGGCAUGUGAAGGUCUGAUGCUGAUAGUCAGUUUGCCUGAGCCGGCUGCAGCCAAAUGCCUCACAGAGAACACCGAGCUUAGUCAACUCCUCACAGACCGGCUGGCACAGUUCUACCGCGCCCUUCCGCAGUCCAUGGACCCUCUAGACAUCGAAACUGUGGAGUCCGUAAACUGGGGGCUGGAUGUGUAUAAUCUAAAGGAGGAUGCUGCUGUUUUUACGGGAAAACGUGCCCUUAUUUCCUUCCUAUCGUGGCUGGACUAUUGUGAUCAGCUCAUCAAAGAGGCUCAGAAGACAGCCGCUGCAGUUCUGGCCCGAGCCGUGAGAGAGCGGUUCUUUGUUACUGUAAUGGAGCCUCAGCUAAUGCAAACGUCAGAGGUUGGCAUUCUGACUUCCACAGCCCUGUUAAACAGGAUCAUCAGACAGGUGACGUCAGAAGCCCUACUUCAGGAGACCAUUUACUUCCUGUUGGGAGAGGGAACAGAGCCAGAGACACUUGCUAGCAUUACCCAGCAUCCCCUGAGACACAGACUCAUAGAACAUUGUGACCACUUGUCAGAUGAGAUAAGCAUCAUGACCCUACGGCUCUUUGAGCAUCUGCUGCAGAAACCAUGUCAGCACAUUCUGCAGAACCUGGUGCUGCGCUGCUUGGAAGAGCGCAACUACAUGGAGAACAAACAACCAGAGGAACGAGAGGAGCGCGAACACAUGGAGAACGGCCAACCACAUGACGCCGUAGAUCUGGAAGAAGACCCGCUGUUCUCAGAUCUUUCUCCUGAUAACAGACUCUCCAGCCCUGAUUGGUUAAGCUGCUCUCCGCCACCAAGCACAGAACAUGCAAAGCCUGAUGGGAAGACGGAGGUUCACAAAAUAGUUAACAGUUUCCUGUGUUUGGUGCCUGAUGAGGCAAAAUCAUCCUAUCAGGUUGAGGGCACAGGCUAUGACACCUACUUGAGAGAUGCACACAGACAGUUUCGGGACUAUUGUGGAGUUUGUCAGAAGUGGGACUGGCGCAGCAGUCCAAAACCCUUUGAAAAAUGUAAUUUGGACAGUCCUUUUUUCGAAGGACACUUUCUCAAAGUGUUGUUUGACAGAAUGGGGCGAAUCCUCGAUCAGCCAUAUGAUGUUAACCUGCAGGUGACGUCUGUGUUGUCUAAGCUAUCUCUGCUGCCUCAUGCUCAUCUUCACGAGUACCUGUUGGACCCGUACAUUAACCUGGCGCCGGGCUGCAGAUCUCUCUUCUCAGUCAUCGUCAGGGUGGUUGGCGAUCUGAUGUUGCGAACUCACCGCAUCCCUGAUUUCACCCCUAAACUCCUGCUGGUGAGGAAGAGACUGCUGGGACUAGAGCCAGAGGGGAUGAGCGUCGAUCAUGUGACAUUGCUCGAGGGGGUCAUUGUUCUGGAGGAGUUCUGCAAAGAGCUUGCAGCUAUCGCUUUUGUGAAGUUCCAUGCGUCCGCCUCCACUUCUCCCUGAUUCUCUCGCCACUGUGCGCAGGACACAAACAGAUGAAUAAACAGACGAAAGUAGGCGGAUGACACAGGAAUGACAAACCCAACUGUACUCAUCCCUCAGCGCAGACUGCUGCCUGCGGCAGGACUCGCAUUCAAGGAUGUUUCAUUCGCGUUAUCUCUGGGAUGUUUCCAUAACUAUGACUGAGCGUACUGUUUUAAAGGCACAGAGAAGGAGAAUUUUGUAAAGAGAGGAGUGAAUUGUGACUCUUGUGGAUCAGCCCAUGUGGAGAGAGGAGAGAGGAUUUUGUAGCAUUCAUAUGUAAAGAAAAGAAAUUAUAACUUAAGAACUAAAGAAUGGUAAUACCAAAAAAUUAGGUUCUAAAGUAGAAAAAGAAAUUGACUUAAUUUUGAUUCAAAUAAUGAAAUGAAAUUAAAUAUUUAAUUAUUGAUUAUUGUUUGUCAUUUGCAGUAUCAAAGAUACUGUCAUCUGUUGUUCUCUGUUCUUCUGAGAAAAAUAGUCAAAUGCAACAGAAGUUAAUUUGUAAUGAAAAAUUACAAUAACUCAGGAUUCAAAGUCUAGCUGUUUUAAAUAAUUGGAGAACUAGACAACGAGAAACAUUUUUAAACAAAUCCUCUCUCAUUUUUCUUUCCGGUAGUGUUUGCCAACACUUUUCUUUUAAAGCGAGCCGAAAGCAAUGCGGACUGGAUUGAUUUGAGACUGGGCACAUUUGCACUCAAACCAGUUUUCACUGGUGCAUCCCCAGAGAGCUGUUCAUCCUUUAUGUUCCCGACAGUGUUCCUAAACCAUUUUAGUUGUUUAACUUGACGUUAUGUGUGUGCCUUGGUCCCAGCUAGACAGUAGCUGUGUACUUCAUCCUGUAUCAUCAUCAUGUAUUUAUUAUUGAUUUAAAAAAAUAGUUUUAAAGGAAAAGUUCACCUAAAAUAACAAUGAAAAUGUGUCCGUCCUCAUGUUGUUGCAACUCAAGAUUAUUUUUGUUCCAUGAAAUGGCAGAAUGUUUGAGCAGCUCAUUUUCCGUGCAGUAAAUAUGAAUGAGGAUGUAUUCAAAAAGUACCAGGAAAAAAUGGUGAGGUGCACUUUAUUUCAAGCCAUUGAGAUAUAUAUAUAUUGUGUGAACUAAAAGGGAAAUUUAAGUCGUAAGGGGAUAGUUCACCCAAAAAAAAAAAAAAAAAUCCGUCAUUUACUCACCCUCAAGUUAUUCUAAACCUGUAAGAGUUUCUUUGUUCUGUUGAACACAAAAGAAAAUAUUUUUGGUAACCAAACAGUUUCUGGUCCCCACUGACUUCCAUAGUAUUUUUUUUUUUUUUCUUUUUUUUCUCCCCCUUAUACAAUGGAAAUCAACGGGGCCCAUCAACUGUUUGGUUACCAACAUUUGUCAAAAUAUCUUAUUUUGUGUUCAGCAGAAGAGAGAAAUUCAUACAGGUUUCGAACAAUUUGAGGGUGAGUAAAUGAUGACAGAAUUUUCAUUUUUGGGUGAACUAUCCCUUUAAGUAAAAAAAAUUUCAGUAAAUGGCAUUUUAAAUUUUGAUCUGUUCCUCACACAAAGCUAUUGUAUGAUUUUGAAAGGCUUUGGAAUAUAGGGCACAAGUCAUAUGGAUCACUUUUAUGAUUUUUUUUUUUUUUUUUUUAAACUUGGUCAUAAAAAUCACCAUCAUCGAUUGGAAAAGUAAGAAAGAAAAUGGUUCAGAACAACAUUAGGGUGAGUAAAUGAUGACAAAAUGUUCAUUUUUAGGUGAACUAUUCCUUUUAAAAAAAAAAAAACGAACAGCUACUUUAGAGUUUAUCUGCUUCCUCACAAGGGAUAUUUAAUAUUAUACUUUUGCAUUGUGGCAUUGUGGAAUUAUACCAGCAAUAGUGUUAUUCAUCAGGCUAUUGAUUUCUUCAUCUGCUCCUGCUCUUUGUAAAGGACAUGCUGUACUAAAUGCACACUGUGUACAUUUGGCAAGAAGGGGCACAGCUUGAAAUAGUGUUGGGUUUUUUAUUUUAUUUUUGGAGAGCUGGCUGCUUUGGUAUCGUGGCUUUAUUUAACAAUCUUUACAGGGUUCAGAUUUGUAUCUCCGUCAUUACCUUGCAUUUUUCCAUCCAUAACACAAGUGUAUGUUUAAAGUUGUGUCUCUCAAGGUUUGCAUUUAUUUUCAAGAAUUGCACACUAGUGUCUAUAUCCAUUUUACAUGUGCAGAAAAGCUAAACGUCUGUCUUUUUUUAUUUUAUUUUUAAUUUCUUUAAAAACCAAAGGAUGUAUCAUCAUAGGAGCAGCAUGUCUGUUUCAGAGAGAAAGAAAAAUAAUGCAUUUUUUUUUAUUCUUGAUCAUGCACAUUUUAUACAAAGUUCUGAACUGUGUAUAUACAAAUGUACAGUUAUAAUAGUAGUUAUGUCUGGUGUAAAAUGCAUGCAAGGUCAUAUUUAAUAAUAUGCAGCAGAGGAAAGCAUAUUACCUCCCUAACAGCCCUUCCAUUCAUUUUUUUUUUUUUUUCUCUCCCUUCCUCUACUUUUGCUUAUUUAUGGGGAUAUUUGUGAUGCCUUAUUUUAAAUGCAGUAAUCGGUUGUAGCCUAUAACCUCUGCAGUCUUGGUUUUGAGUACACUUAAGAAAAAUUGGUCUGUUUUAAUGGUGUCUAUUUUAUUUUAAAAAAAAUAAGUUGUAAAGCAAUGUAUUCCAUUGGUUAAAAAAGAUUCUCAGCUUUCUCCUGUAAAGUUUUUUUAUUAUUUUAUUUUAUUUUUUUCCAUAUGUAAUUCAUCUGCUUAGACCCUAUCACUGUUCUGCUUGACUGGUUUAUUCUUAUUACUUGUACAGAUGUAGCUCACUUGUCAGACAUGUCAGAAGGUAUCUUCUGUUGAAUUUGAGUGUCACUGCCAUGGUGUCACGAUGUGACACUUUUUAGAAGAACAAAGUUGUUAGCAGGUUACCAUUUUCAGGAUGAAAUGUCAUGUAAUCUCAAUUGCUUGAUUCUGCCAGGUCUGGAAAUCUCUGUAAUGAGGUUUGCUGUGUCCUGCGACUUUCUUUAAUUCUUUUCACUCCGUCCCAAUUAAAAUAUUUGCUUUCUUCGAA